UAUUUCCUGUAUUGUCUGCCUUUCGCCAAACCCGCCCAAGUUCGAAAAAAAGAAACAUGUCGGGGAGAAGAGCACUUUGCAAAGAUUCAAACGUGACAUAUGAAGUCACCGUUAACGAUGGAGUUUAUGCUGACUCAACCAUCAUUAAGGACAACUCUAAACAAGGGAAGUUCGUAGAAGACGAUGAUAGCGACCCACCGGUCGUCUUUUUCUGCGGGAGUUGCAAGUUGCCUGUCGGUGACUCGUUGUCUUGGGCUGGGAGUGAGGACGAAAAAAAUCAAAUACUCCUGAAACGUGUCAGUGACAAUGUUUUGGUUGGCAAAGAAACUCACUUCUCCGGUACCUGUAAGAAGGAUCUAGGCUGCCUGAAAGUCCACCUGACCUGUCGUGGCUGCAGCUCUCUGCUUGGCAUGGUCUACAUCUCUACACCCAGGAAACUGGACCACGUCAGGUCUCUGUUCUGCCUCAAUGUGACUGCCAUAGAGAGCUAUGUCCUGGGGUCUUCCAGUCAGCAGGUGGCAGCAGUGAGCCCCAAGCAGCAGCCGGUCACUCUGGAGUACAGACAGGCUGUAGAGCGACAGCUGGAUGAGAUUAAGGCGGUGACUCUGUCUAUGGGGCAGAGGUUGUUGGUGCUGGAGGGUGACCAGAGUAAAAGUCAGAUGUGAUGAUGCAUCUUGACAGUGAUGGACCACACUACGUCAUGGGGGGGGGGCCCGGUGAGGUCUCUCAUACACACAGUACUAAGUAACUCACCCCCCCCUCCCUUUGUUAGUUCUGAUGGGGAACAAACAGCCACAACCUGUUUGUUCCACAAGGUUUAAACACCUCUAGCACAAUAAAUGGCACCCUAUUCCUUAUAUAGUGCACUACUUUAGACCAGAGCCCUAUGGGACCCUAUUCCCUAUAUAGUGCACUACUUUAGACCAGAGCCCUAUUGGGUUAAUUAUUGAAAUAGGGUGCCAUUUGUGAUGAAGCCAUUGUUCCCUCCAAGCAGUUUGUGGUUUAUGUCAAGUUGAGACUGUUCUGUGUGUUAGAACUCAUAGUUUGGAUACUGUUAAGUGUUCUCUGUGUGUUAGAACUCAUAGUUUGGAUACUGUUAAGUGUUCUCUGUGUGUUAGAACUCAUAGUUUGGAUACUGUUAACUGUUCUCUGUGUGUUAGAACUCAUAGUUUGGAUACUGUUAAGUGUUCUCAUAGAUCAUGUGACUCUAAACAAAACAUUCAUAAAUAGAAACAUGUCCUGUUGUCUUAAA